AUGGCAUUCCAGCCUACCCCGAUGGAUAUCUCCGUCAUCAUUACCAAUGCAGCUUUAGCCAAGCCCGGGAAUUCGGAGCCUCGAUUCCUGACUGAACGACGCAUCACCCCAACCUGGACGGUGAUGCAGGUCAAGGCAAAGCUGGAGACUAUGACAGGAAUCCCACCAGGCUCCCAGCGUCUGCGAGUAAAAGUGCCCGGUCGACCUGAUCAAUGGGCUGACGGGGACGACCGUCUGAUUGGAGACUGGGGGCUAGUAAAGGGGUCGGAGAUCGAGGUCAAUGACAGCCGCCCACAAACUAUGCGGGCUAACUUUACCGACUUGUCAUCGGUUGAGAAAUAUGUGCUGCCAACUGAAACAUACGAGGCUCGUUCGGACUCCGUAUUGGCCUGGAAGAAGAACCAGAAGCUGGGCCGGUUUGAUCCUAACGCUUUAUCGCCCGAAGAGGCUCUGCGUCAUCAAGUCGAGAAAGACCAGACCGAGGUUCAAACGAGAGGAAUCACGGUUUCUAAACGAGCCAUCGUUCUACCUUCGUCUCCGCCUCAUAUUCGGCGCGGCACGAUCCGCUUCGUUGGACCUGUUCCGACUAUUCCUAUUACCGGUCCGGCUCGCGAGCUGCAGGAUUCAGAACUUCCGGCAGAUCUCCAGCCAAUUUGGGUCGGGAUCGAGCUUGACGAGCCGAUGGGGAAAAACGAUGGUAGUGUGGGUGGACAGCGCUACUUCGAGUGUUUAGGCAAUAGGGGCGUCUUUGUGAAGCCCGAAAAGGUUGAAGUCGGAGAGUUCCCCCCAUUGGGUUUAGACGACGACCUAGAUGACCUGAUGGAAGAGAUUUGA